AUGUUUAGCUUCCGGAUAAGCCACUUCCUUUGUUCGCUAGCCCUUCUAAGUCGCCUUCUCACCAGCAUUGAUGCGCAAGGGCAUCCCAACCUUCCCAAGAAAGGUGUUGGUGCCGGAUCCCCAAACAAGAAACCUGAAGUUCGUCUGGCCAAGGUCGACAUCCAAUGCGGGAACAACUACAACACGUUCCCAAUGGAGAAAGGUUUUGUCUCGUGCACGAAUUAUGGCGAAUGGCAGUACAGGUGUAAGGAGGAAAGCUGCUAUGUGGGAGCGGACCGGAAAACGUUGGCCUCCAAAGAACUCUACUUUUACGAAUGCGCACGGCUAGGGAUUGAGGAACUUCUUCCGAGAAUACUGGCUGUUAGGUAUAAAGCGGCUAAUCGAGGCGGUGCCAUAGAAAUCAUGGAUACAAACGGUCAAGAAUAUAGUUGUCGUUGGACAAAGACGACUGAUCCGGCAAAUGUCAGAGUUUCAUGCUCACACUGCGAGGAGCAUAGUUUCCUCAGUCCAAUCAAACCCCGAAGAAGCGAGCUGUAG